AUGUCUGCGUGGCAGAAGACAAAGCGCUAUUCGAAGAAGGGCUUCGAUAAAGCAUGGGAUACAGUCGACAAAUUGGGCGCUCCUGUCAAUCGCCUAUCCAACAAACUUGGUGCCGAGGCCUUUUGGCCUAUGUCAAUCGAUAAAGAAAGCGACAAAGCCGCCCGGAUUUUGCGCAGUUUCUGCAAAGAUGGCUUCUAUACCCCCGAAUCUGAAUCGACCACCGACGAGAAUGGAAAGAUCAAUCGGCCCAAGGGAAAGCAGAGGGUCAUCAAGAAGAUCCCCUCUAAGGUUAUCAAGAAUGCAAAGGGUAUCGCCAUUUUUACCACGAUGAGGACCGGCCUCUGGAUCAGUGGCUCUGGAGGUAGUGGUGUGCUGCUGGCUCGUAUCCCCGAAACAGGGGAAUGGAGUCCGCCUUCUGGCAUCAUGCUUCACACUGCUGGUAUUGGAUUCUUGGCUGGUGUCGACAUUUAUGACUGCGUUGUCGUUAUCAACACAUACGAGGCCCUCGACGCCUUCAAGAAAGUGCGCUGCACUCUGGGUGGCGAGGUCAGCGCCGCCGCCGGCCCUGUGGGAAUGGGUGGCGUCCUCGAUUCCGAAGUUCACAAACGCCAGUCCCCGAUUUGGACAUAUAUGAAGAGCAAGGGUCUAUAUGCCGGCGUGGCCGUGGACGGAACAAUCAUCAUCGAACGAACCGACGAGAACGAGAAAUUCUAUGGCGAGCGCAUCUCCGUGACAGACAUUCUGGCAGGAAAAGCGCGCCAUCCACCAGACUCGAUCAAAACACUGCUCCAAACCAUCAAAGCAGCCCAGGGCGACGUGGAUGUUGACGAAAGCCUGGUCGCACCCUCCGGCGAAACACCCGGUGACCUAGACGUUUCAGGAAAUGAUCACCUAUUUGGUGUACCCGAUAUGGAUGAUCCGGAUCCUUACGGAGUGAAAGCAUUGGAGGCUGAAGGCAUGUUCAUCCGGGAGGCCGGUUCGAAGGUGAGGCCCAGUCACGAAGCUUUUGAAUUCCGGCCCAAGCCGGGCAGCCCGGUGUAUGCGACGUUUUCCCGGCGUAGUCUUGACAGCUCGCCGCGGAAUAGCUGGCGGGCCAGUGUGCAGAGCUACACGAGUGUAGAUCGCGGCACACAAACAGAGGACGCAUCGCUAACUGCACCCACGUCAGUAAGCCGAGCGUCCUCGCUGAGCGCGAAGGAGUCCACCAAUGGGCCGUCUGCGAAACCGUGGGAGGAGGAUGAGCAGGCUGGUUGGGAUACGGUGCCUAUUCAUGGUGGCGAGGAGAAAGAGGAGGGUACUAAGGAAGGAACGACGGACGCGAGGGGUUUGAAUGGAUAUGCCGAAACUGAGAAGAACCAAGCUGCCGAAUCUGAUGACGAGUUUGAGGUGCACGAGGUCUCCAAUGCGACUAUCACGAGGCCGGAGAGUCCCAAGGAGGAGCAGGUGGAUGCUGCGGAGUCGCGACGCAUGUCACCCACUUUCACAAGGGCUAAGCUGGUCACCAUUAACAAGCGCCCAACUCCUCCAGCUUUGCCUCCGCGUCACCCUCGACACACCUGGGGCUCUGGCUCCAGUCGGGAAUCGACUUCGCCAACCGCACUCUCGCACACCAGUCGAAGCACCGAAGAGACCGAAACAGCCCCCGAGGCGACCGAGUCUACCGAGAAACCCACCGAGUCCAGCGCUCUCCCCUCAAACGUCAAGAAGCUCCAGACUAGCACUGCCGUUCCUGCUGUGGUAGAUGAUGUCGAUUUCGACGAGUCAGACUCCGAACUACCUGCCGACAAGGACGAGUUCCUCUCAGCUCACAGCGACAACGAGGAUGAUAACGAGCGACAUGCGCUGGCCGAAGGUCUCGCCGCUCUGAAGGCAGAGGGAAUCAAGGCUGACGAAGCCAAGACAGAACCCAAGGAGCCUAUCGCAGAGAACGAGGCCCCAAAGGCCGAAACCAAGACUGAAAAUAAAGAAGUCGAAGGCGCCGAGGAUGUGCUUAGCCAACUCGAGGAGAAAUUCCCGUCGCCUGAGGUUGAGUCACCGACUAAGAAAGUGGACGUUCAGAAGACAUCCUCGAACAACAAAUUUGGAUCUCUGGAGGUCGACGAGGAGUCCGAUGAUACCAUCGAAACACCCGCCGACCAGAAACCACUCACCUCUGAUAUCAGUCCCAAGACCCAGGCAUAA